AUGUCAGAUAACUUCUUUAUCAAGAAUAAAACUGCAAUUGUUGUUACUGCUUUAGCUGCUUUUUCAGCUGUUGGUGCUUAUUAUUAUUAUACUUCAUUAACAAAUUCAUCAAAUACUACCACCACGCCAAAAUCAGAGAAUAAAGAUAAAAAUACAACUGAUUCAACUACCACCUCAACAUCUAAAAAUAAAAAGAAAAAGAAAAAGAAUUCUUCAUCUCAAUCACCGGAACCAACUACAUCUAAUGAAAAAUCAAUUAAAUAUCCAACUACAGGUAAAUCAAAUCUACCAAAUAUGACCUCAGGAUUUAUAGAUUCAUUAAAUUCAUCACAAAAAGAAGAAAUAGCAAUGCAAUUAAAAGAAGAUGGUAAUUUACAAUUUAAAAACAAGAAUUAUAAAGAUGCUAUAAGUUUUUAUAGUGCUGCUUUAUCAUUAAAACAAGAUCCAAUUUAUUAUUCAAACAGAUCAGCUUGUUAUGCUGCUUUGGAUGAUCAUGAUAAUGUUAUAAAAGACACUACUGAAGCUAUAAAAUUAAAACCAGAUUAUACAAAAUGUAUAUUGAGAAGAGCUACCUCAUACGAAAUUUUAGAAAAUUAUGAAGAUGCAAUGUUUGACUUAACAGCAUUAACUAUAUAUGGAGGAUUUUCAAAUAAAUCAAUUGAACAAGUUUUAGAAAGAGUUUUAAGAAAACAUUCAAUUAAAAUAGUUGAUGAAAAACCAAAAAAAUUAAUUUUACCAUCAGCUGCAACAAUUGGUUCAUUUUUCGGUGCAUUUGUUGUUGAAACUGAACCAGAAGGUAUUAAUGAACAAAGUGAAGGUGGUGAGAAAUUUUUAUAUGAUGCAAUUCAAAAAAUUAAUGCAAGUUCACAAGAUGGUUAUGAAGAAGCAGAUUCUUUAAUUAAUCAAGCUGUAGCAUCAAUAAAUCCAGAAUCAAAAGUAUAUCCAAUUGCUUUAGAAUAUUUAUCAGCUUUUCAGUUUUUAAAAAAUGAUCCAUUAAGUGCAGCAGAAUCAAUUGAAAAAGCAAUUCAAAUAAAACCAAGACCAAGAGCUUAUGUAUUUAGAGCUUUAAUUAAUGCUGAUAAAUCUUCAUAUGAUGCCGCAUUAAACGAUUUUAAAUUAGCUGAAGCUUUAGAUCCAAGAUGUCCUGAUAUUUUUUACCAUUUAGGUCAAUUAUAUUAUUUAACUGGUGAUUUAUUAAAUGCAGAAAUUAAUUUUAAUAAAGCAAAAGAUUUAUAUCCUGAAAAUGUUUAUGCUUAUAUUCAAUUAGCUUGUAUUACAUAUAAAAAUGGAAAUCAAGAUUUAGCAAAUGAAAAGUUUACAGAAGCAAAAUUAAAAUUUCCAACAUCGCCAGAAGUACCAAAUUAUUAUGGUGAGAUUUUAGCAGAUAAAGGAGAUAUUCAAGGUGCUUGUAAACAAUUUGAAAUUGCAAGUAGAUUACAAGAAAAAUUGGAUAGAUUUUCAGUUGGUGCAUUACCUUUAAUUAAUGAAGCAACAGUCAUAUCAAGAGAAAGUUUGGAAAAAAUUUCUGAAGCUGAAGAUUUAUUAGUUAAAGCUUGUGAAUUAGAUCCAAAAUCAGAAUUGGCAAGAAUUUCAUUAGCACAAAUUAAAUUACAAAAAGAUGAAGUUGAUGAAGCAAUUACAUUAUUUGAAGAAAGUUCAGAAUUAGCAAGAUCAAUUGAAGAAAAAAUACAAGCUACUUCAUUUGCAGAAGCUACAAAAAUGCAAAAAAGAAUAAAAAAUGAUCCAAUUUUGACUAAUAGAAUUGCUGAAUUAAUGAGACAAAGUGGUGCCAUGUAA